AGUUGGAAAUAACCUGCAUGUGAUAACCUCGAUAGAAGAUAGAACAGUCAACAAUAUUUGCAGAAUUUUCAAAGACAUUUCCAAAAGGCUAUACACAUACAAUAUUUUGCAGAAUUUUGAAAGGCCUCACAAACAGGCCAUACAAGUAUAAUAAUAAAUUGUAUUGGUACAUGAUUGAUGAUAUCUAGAGCUUUUUCAUUUCUUGUUUUUGGUAAAAUUUCAGCAGUGUAAACAAUUUCUACAAUUGGUAGAGGAAUAACAGCAAAGUGUACAGAAUGAACUAAACCUGACAUUUAGGCAUGACCGUCAUCUAAUAAGUUUCAGAUUUAAUUGAUACAUGAAAAGCAACAAUGAUAGUUCAAUACAACUCAAAGUUGUAGAAAGAAAAGAACAUUCAGGAUGCAAGAGGAUCAAGAAGGUUCUGCAUUCCAAUGCAGUUAUACAGAAAAGGAAGUGGAAAGCCUUGGUAUCAUAGAAUUAAGUGAGAUAUUAGAGAACAACACUAUAAACUAUGAUAACUUGGAAACGGAGAAAGAGAUGAGAGAAUUAGUUUGUACAUUGAUGAAGAAAGGGAAGCAACCAACUGAGAAAUUAGAUAACACAAAAAUGACAUUCAAAACAGAUGCUUCACAACAAGGAGCAAAAAUAAUUGAGAAAAUUUUAGAAAAAGACAUGGAGAGGAAAAAGAAACUGCAUAACCUUUAUUGUGACCUUGAAAGGUUUAUGGCUAAUGACCAUGUUGACAGUGAAUUAAAACAAGAAAUGAGAACAGAAUUUGGUGAUGUUUUAGAAGAAAUUAAGACCUAUAAAGAAGAGUUAAUGCAGGAGGAGUGUCCAAUUGUUGUGGCAGGUGAGACAACUGCAGGGAAAAGUAGUUUACUGAACCUUUUACUAGGAAGUGAUGUAUUACCCCAUUCUUUGCUGACAUGUACUACCACAAUCUGUAGACUAUGGAAUAAGGAAGAGAAGGCUGUCUUAGUAACUGAUGCAGAUGAUGAAGUAACAAGACUUCAUUUACCUAAAGACAUGGAAGCUGCUUUGAUGAAAGAAAAAUUGCAAAAUUAUGUCAGUGAUGCAAGCCAGAAUAAAUAUAAAUUUGUAGACAUACAUUGGCCAAUACCAAUUUUGAAGCGCCAAGCCAUUAUAGUAGAUACUCCAGGAAUAGGAUCAAGUGACGAGCUUACCAUGAGAUUACUUGACUAUCUACCAAAAGCUAUAGCCUUUAUUUAUGUUAUAAACAGUAGUAAUGCUGGGGGAGUUCAAAGUGACAGGCUUUUGAAGAUAUUUGAGGUACAAAAGAAGGAUAGUAAGAUGUAUGAGUUUGAUCCAACAAGAGCUAUAUUUGUGUGUAAUAAAUGGGAUCAAGUUCCUGCUGAGGAAGAUGAUAAAGUUUGGAACAAUACAAAGAUGAAACUGAAAGAUAACUGGCCGCACUUCAAAGAAUCUCAGAUGUUUAAACUCAGUUCUAAAGAGGAGACAAGAAGAGCAGCUACUCCAGGAUUAGAGUAUACUACCAAUUUCCAGAGACUACUUACAGGAAUAGGAGAAAUGAUUCCUGCCAGUCUAGAGGCCAAAGUUGCUAGACAUUCAAGAUGGCAGAAACAGUUCUUAGAAAAGGCAUUGAAAAGAAUAGUAGGGAGAAUUAAAUUAUCCAGAAAAACUGAAGAUGAAAAGAAGAAACUGAAAGUGAACAUUGAGGAACGAAUAAAAACAUUGAGUUACAGUAUCAAAGAGGUGAAGAAAAGAGUGAAAGAAGAAGCUGAAUUUCGCUGUGAACAGAUUUCCACCAAUUUAUAUGAGCAUCUAAGGUCUAAGGAAACAUAUAAAUAUAUGUUUUUAUGGUCAAAUGCAGAAUUACCCAAAGGUGGAGAUUUUGAAGUGAUCGAAUACCAAGCAAAAAAAUUAAUAAUAGAAAGAAUAAAUACUGAGACUAGAGCCUGGUGUAAUAGAGAGAAAGUCAAUGACAUCACUCAAGAAUUGUCUAAUUUAUUUAAAGCUGAGUGUAAACUAAUUGAUGCACAAUGUGAGGAGAUAAAUAGGACUUUACUUGACAUCAGUAUGCCUCUGGAUGAUGGUCUGCAUGAUUACAGCAACAAACCUGAACAUAGUAAUGAUCCACUGUUUACAAGGCAUGAGAAAAUUGUACUUGCAGUUACCUCCCCUCUUUGGCUUCCUCUUGUCAUUGGAGCAGGCCUGAUAGCACUUCCCUUUGGUGUAGCUGCUGGGGUCAAGGACUUAGUUCAGCAGUCAUGGAAAAUAAAUGAUUAUAACUCCAAUAGAUUGAAAUACAUGAUGGACUGGUGCUCAGAGGUUUUAAAGCAGUACAAUAAGGAAGCUAUUUUGAAAUUAAUGGAAGAGACCUAUCUUAAAGAUUUUAAAAUGAAAGUAGAUUUUGUCUGUGAGACUGUAAUACCUCAACAGAUAAAAGCAGAUGAACAGUUUAUUUGUCAUAUCAAGAAUGAACUCCGAACAUCAUGUGAAAUUAGAAAGCAAUUCCAACCAUUAGAGUUUUCCUGCAAGAGCAUUCUUGGUAAAUUACUUCUGAUUAACAUGGAUUAUUUCUCGGGAUAUAAAUUAUCAAAGAAAAAUAUAAGAAAUGGUGGAGAAGAAAUCGGAAAAGGACAAUUUUCAGAUGUUCAUGCGACUGAAGUUCUUAUCAACGAAAAGUGGAUCAAAGCUGCUGUAAAAACACUGCGGAAACCUUUGGAGAAGACAGAUUCCUAUGUACAAUUAAGUGAAGUGCAAAACCUAAGAAAACUUUAUCAUCCAAAUAUAGUGGAAUUAUUUGGGGUGUCAUACAGACUUGGGAGUCAAAGUAAAAAGUUUCUUCAAAUUUAUAUGGAAUAUUGUGAUGGCAGCUUAGAACACAUUGUAUACAGGAAAAGAGAUCCUCCACCAUGUUUCAAGUUCAAGGAUGUGUCAGAGUGUAAAGAAUCAUGGGAGUUUUAUCUGAAGAUGAUGUGUGGUGUAUGCAAGGGAUUAAUUCAUGUCCAUUACAUGGGAUUUGUUCAUAGAGAUCUCAAGCUAGCUAAUAUAUUGGUGAAAGAUGGUGAAGCAAAGAUUGCAGAUAUUGGUUUAGCUAAAGAGGCAGAGGACAUCUUAGGCACAGUCACUGGAACCCCAACCACAAUGGCACCUGAGGUCCUUCAGGGGAAAAUGUAUGGAACAGAAGCUGACAUAUUUAGUUUAGGGAUAAUUUUAUGGGAAAUGUGGUAUGCACGUCCAGGGUAUACACACCCAGUUGGUGUAGAGUCAGAAGGAUAUCAAUUUAUAGCUAAAAAUUUAAAUGAGUUGAGUAAAUAUGUAAUCAAUGGUACACGACCAGAGUUAGAGACUAAGUAUAGACCUCAUAACAAAUUGCAAUUUCUAAUGAAGAAAUGUUGGGAUAACAGUAUUGUAAAUCGUCCAACAGCGGCAAAAGUACUUCAUAAACUUUCAGAGAUGAAAUCAUGAAUUAGUUUUAUGUGUAAAAUUUGGUUUUCUCUUGCCAUCAAAGAAUGUCAAAGAACUUUUAUAGACAUAGGGAUGCUAUUCCAGCAGCAACAACAGCCUGAAUUAUUUGUAUAAUCUUUAAAUUUUAAAAAGAAGAAGCGCUUGAUAAUUUAUUUCUUGUUUACAUAUACCUUAUGACCCGAAGUUUGUCUAGAAGAAUUGCAUGAAAUAAAUCUUAUGAAGUUUUACUCCCUCACCGAUUGUUUUGGUGGGCCUCAAAUGGGCUUCCCCUUUCCUUUAUUUGAAAUAAAUUCUUUAAUCUUUCACUGUGAAUCAUGACUUUUUACCCACCAUUCAUUAUAGCUUGCAAUACAAUGUCAUUACAUUGAGUAAUUGAUAACUAUAGUUUAAGGUAGUUUUGGCGACACUGUUUCUAAGAUAUGUAUCUUCCAAAUUUUAUGGUUAUUCAAUUUA